AUGGCUACUGCAUUUUCUUACGCUCAAGCCGCCAAGGGUCAGGCGGCCACCACAUCCGCAACCCAGCCCACUGAGAACGGCAAGGACGCCGCCAACUCAGUAAACGGCGAACAACCCACUGCUGAGACCAACGCCGUCAAGAGCAGCGAAUCCGUCGACGACGAGACUUCGAGAAAUACACCUCUCAAGGCUCAACUCGCCGCCAAGCUGGACGCUGCUUCUGCCCCGGCCGAGGCCAACACCAACAACACAUCCGCUGCCGCCUCCGUCACCGACUCUCGACGCGAUGACGAGGAUGCCGCCACCGAGGGCUCCGCCCGCCGAAGCGAGAAGAGCGUACGGUCGGCAAGCGCGUCCACUCGCGUGACCGAUGAUGCCGAGCCGAAGAAGGGCUCUAGGAAGCCGAGAAAGGGCAAGGCAGGAAAGGAGUCGAGCGAGGAUGCCAAGAAGGAUAAGGCGGCAGAGCAGGAGAAGGAGCAGCCCAAGAUCGAGCUGGUUGAGGCACCGCUUCCUUCGGUCAACAUCUGGACCCAACGGAAGGAGACACAGGCUGCCAAGACAUCCGUCACCCUGCCCACGAACGGUGCUCCCAACGCAUCCAACUCCGCUGACACCUGGCCCAACAGCCAGGAGUCCAAGAAGAAGAGCAAGGCCGCCGAUGCCACUGAAGCGACCAACGGUGCUGCCGGCCCCAACAAGUCCCAGCGCAAGGUUGGUGAUGGCGAGGCGGCUGUACGCAGGAACGGUGCCCGCGGCUCUAGAGUGAUCGACAGAGAGGGUCGACCUACCGAGGUGCCCCCUCCCGUCGGUGAUGUUCAGUCAUGGCCCACGCCAGAGACGGCGGUCAAGGAAACGGUCAAAGAGGAGAAGCGCAAGCCCUCUGACAAGAUCGAGCGGACAGAGACCGAGGCCCAGGACGACGCUGCUUCCAAGGGACGUUCCAAGGACAAGUGGGAGCGCAUGGACUUUGUGCCUACCGUCCAGUUCUCUACACCCAUCCCUUCGGUGAGAGGAUCUCGAGGAGGACGCGGUGGCGCCCGUGGUGGACGCGACGUCACCUCCCGCGGCGGUCACGGCGCCGCCGCCGCCGCCGCCGAUAAGCCUGCCGGUGCUGCCGCCCCUUCCGGCAAGGCUGGAAGCGAAGCUCGUGAGCGUGCCCGAGAUGGCAAUGCUCCGGCCAGAGCCAACUCCCAGCCUCCUGCCGCAAACAAGCGUGCUUCCAUGGAGGCGUCCAACAAGGAGCAGCGCAAGCAGUCAGCACCUAGCUCGGGUGAGCGUAGCAAGGAAUUGCAGUCCACUGCCACCAACGAACAGGCCGGACCUGUUAGAGAGAGGGGCGAAGGCCGCGGCGACAGGGGCCGUGGCGGAUAUCGUGGCCGCGGAGGUCACCCUGGAAACGUGCCCAUGCACUCUCAGCAGUCUUCCUACAUGGGCAACGGCAACUCUUUUGGCUCUCAAGGUCCCCGCCAGUUCACUAGCCCCCUCUGCACCAGAACGUCUCGGGGUGGUCGCGGCGGCCGUGGUCAGUCCAACGGUUCCGGUGCUUUCCGUGGGGCCGGCGGUCCUCCAAACUCUGGCCGCAUGCGCCAAGUUCAGACAAACAUGAACCAAGUUUCUUGGGACUACGGCAUGCCCAUGACCCCCGGUUCUUACCCGGCUUUCUACGAGCAGACCAGGCACCUCAUGAUUCCUCAGUUUGAGUACUACUUCUCUGUCGAGAACCUUUUGAAGGACGAGUUCUUGCGUAAGCACAUGGACAGCCAGGGUUUUGUGCCCUUGGAGCUUGUACUUGGCUUCUCCAGAGUCCGCAGCGUCGCUGACCCCCAGACUCUGCGCGCCAUCUGCGCCGAGUGCCCUCAACUGGAUUAUGUCAUCGGAGACGAUGGCGUCGAGAGAUUGCGCUCCCGCACACACUGGCAAAAGUUCGUUUACUCCAAGAUGGAGUUGCGAUUCGAGUCUGCGCGCAACGCAGGGCCUCAGUACUUCUACCCGCGCUCGCUUCACGCCAUGGCCCCUUACGACCACGGAAUGUUGGGCGACUACCCUGUUGUUUCGCCGUCCGCCUACCCCAACGGCACUGAGAACGGCUACGUUGCCUACCCUAACGAGGUCCCUGCUGGACAGACCAAUGGCGCGGUGAACGGUGCCGGACCUGAGACUCAGCUCUCAGCUCAAGUCCCCGAAUUCCAGCCGGGCACGUCUGAGCAGGCUGCUGAAGCCUCCACGGCUGCCACCAACUCGGAACCCAACAUCUCGUCAAUGGCUCCUCUGAGGCUCACGCGGAGAUUGCGCCCCUGA